AUUCUUUAUUGUAGGACACGAGUGAGGACUCAGCAUGCUGUCCUCCCUGAAGACCCUGCUGCUGCUCUCGGUGCUGUGCACGCCGACCUCCAGCCUGUGCCUCCGCCUCUACCGCACCCGCUCCAACCUCCUGUGCGACGACCAGAUGGAUGUGGGGGUCCAGAGUGACGAGGAGGAGCUCCCUGUGGACGGCUGGGGGUCCCUUCUGCAGUCCGCAGAGUACCUCUCCUCUUCCACCUCCACUUCUGCCGAGUCCAGCCGGGAAAAAAGGACUUCAAGUCCCGCGAACUACCGCUUCGUGAGUCGGACGAAGCUCAGAGAGCAGCGGCUCCGAAACAGCAUCAAAGGCGACCGGAGGAGCAGGCUGACCCUGUCUCUGGACGUCCCGACCAACAUCAUGAACAUCCUCUUUGACGUCGCCAAGGCCAAACACAUGCGCGCAAAGGCGGCCGAGAACGCGCGCAUGCUGGCUCACAUUGGAAGGAAAAAGUGAUCAUGUUGGACAACUUCAGAUGUACAUUAUCUGCCAUGACCAGUGUUGGCCUCAAAUGUGAUGCAUUAUUCACUUUCAAAGUAUACGCUUUUGAUUU